CUGUAGAAGUCUUGUAUACUUCUGUGAUGUUAAUACAACAUAACAACAUAAUUUUUUGUUGUGCUUGUUUUGCUCUCUUGAAGCUUAACCUUGGAGACGAUAUCGUGAAAGUUGUAAUUGAUUGGAGCAAGCUUCAAAGCACAUCAGCACUUCAGCCAACAUUGCUCUUUAGUGCACUUCAGCAGCAUAUUUUAUGUUUGCAGCCUCUUUUAGAGAAACUCCAGUCAUUGAUUAAGGAGGAAACUAUAGGCCAUGUUGAACCUGCAGGUAAAACAGAAGGCCAAGCUUGUGAAAAAAGUGUAGAUGUUUAUGAUGGUAACUGUCAGACAGAAGAAAAGUAUGCAAGUUAUGACUUGGGAGAUCUGAAGGAUGCUCAUAUUAAUUUUGAUCCAGAGGUGGUCCAAAUAAAAGCUGGAAAAGCAGAAAUUGACAGGCGGAUAUCAGCCUUCAUCGAGAGGAAACAAGCUGAGAUCAAUGAAAAUAAUGUCAGGGAAUUUUGCAAUGUUAUUGAUUGUAAUCAAGAAAAUAGCUGUGCCAGAACAGAUGCCAUUUUCACACCCUAUCCUGGAUUUAAAAGCCAUAUAAAGGUUUCCAGGGUAGUAAAUACAUAUGGACCUCAGACUAGAUCUGAAGGAGCACACGGGUCCAGUCACAAAGCCAAUGUACCCAUUCAUGAUUGUGGAAACCAAGCUGUUGAAGAGAGAUUGCAAAACAUUGAAGCACACUUACGGUUACAGACAGGUGGUCCUGUACCAAGAGACAUUUAUCAGAGAAUUAAGAAGCUUGAAGAUAAAAUCCUUGAGCUGGAAGGACUAUCUCCUGAAUAUUUUCAAUCUGUAAGCUGUUCUGGCAAGAGGAGAAAGGUUCAACCUCCCCACCAGAACUAUUCAUUGGCUGAACUUGAUGAAAAGAUCAAUGCUAUAAAACAGGCAUUACUGAGGAAAACAAAAGAAAGCAAGUCCAAGGAGGCUGAGCGGCUUCUUCGAUAAAGUCUUUUCAGAAUCCUCAUCGUGCUUUACACGUACCUAAACCAUAGACCUGACUAGUGUUCAUUGGGGAUGACUUUAGCAAUGAAAGCAAAGCAUGCAUAUAAGCUCCUUUUGGAUGAUCUUGAAAGCUUUCUUUCAGAAGAACUAAUUGAAAAACAGUCUUAUUAAUGAAAUAGUUACUUUAAAAUGAAGAAUGUUUUAGAAAUAGCAUUCUAAUAAUCCAUUCCCUUCUGUUAUAAAGGAGGAUUGCAGCAUUGUUUGUAUGUGGAAAGUCUUAACCUGCAUACAAAAGCUACAUUUCACAUGUGAUUCUUGGUGAUUGAGUAUUCAAAAGGGCUAUCUUUUGAAUACUUUUCAUGUAAGUAGUUUGCAUAGACUUGUGAAAUAAAAUUAAAUACUUCCUCGUAAGUAAACUGUCUUAGGAAAAAAAAAUUACAAAAAACCUUGCAGUAUGCAUGCUUACCUGCAUUUUUUUCCAUAUUUGUCACUGUUUUCACAGCUGUUAGAAAUGCAGCAAAUUGUGUUUCUGUUUGAAAGAUGGCUAUGGAAAUCCUAUAUGUGUAAAUAGACAAACCUGUUCUUCACUUCCUCAGUGUCCUGUAGGAAUUCAAACUUCUUACCCUGCUAACAAACUUAAUAUAUCCUAAAGACCACGCCAGGGGAGGUUUUGAGGAGCAUGCCAGCAGGCAACAGCUUCCCUUCCUUCCAUAUGCAUGCUUACAUGACUUCUGAAGCAUGGAUGCUGGGUACGUAGUUUAAAUUGAA